AUGUCUCCAAGGACUUCACCAGUCCCCUCGUCUGGGAUGGCAACACAAAGCCCGUGGUUUCUGCGUUUCCCCCCUGAAUUGAGUUCAUCCAUUGUUUCCUUUCUCCCAAACAGAGAUGUCAAGUCCUUGCGCUUGACGUGUAAAGCCCUCAGCGACAUUUCACCAUUCUCCUCCGCACGUGCGUUUCUUUCGGCCAACUCGUUGAAUAUCGAAGUUUUUCGGGCGGUAGCAGACCAUCCAAAGUUUCGCCACGAAAUCAGGGAGAUCAUCUGGGACGACGCACGGUUUAUAUCCGCGCCGUUGAUAUGGGAAUCCGUACGCCCAAUCAUCGAACCCGAACGUAUGGAAAUCAACUCCAAUGAGGAAUGUCCCAUUUGGUUCACAGAGGAUUGCGCAGAGAACCGCUAUAUAAUCAAGCAUCGGAAAUACCGCGACGUGGACCGACCUGAUCAUAUUGCACGUCAAUACCAGCUGGAUGCCCAAAUGCCGUUGAAAGCCUGCUGGAAGUAUUAUCAACAACUAUUGGAUGAUCAGAGGUCUGUAAUCAGAUCCGAAGACGACGAAAAAGCCUUUUUGUACAGCCUAGAGCGAUUCCCUCAGCUUAGAAGAGUGACUGUUACUCCUGCAGCACAUGGCUGGCUGUUUACUCCGUUAUACGAGACACCUAUGAUCCGAGCAUUUCCAUACGGAUUCAACUAUCCGAUUCCGCGAGGAUGGCACUAUGAUCCCGUUGAUUCUCAGGUCGCCGAGCCGCUACUGUGGUCAGAGGUAACCGAUGACUACAAAGAGCUAUGGAGAGGGGCUCGAAUUGUUCUUCGCCUUUUGUCACAGGUUGAGAAGCAUAAUGUUUCCGAGCUGAGAUUCGACUCCAAGCAACUCCACACUGGACUAAACUUUUUAAUUUUCGACCAGCCGUGUGAGGAAUGCAAUCAAUUUGCGGCCAUCAUGAAACGUCCAGGCUUCCAGCGUCUUCAUCUGUCUUUACUUACUGGCAGCAGUGGUUACUGGACAGGAUUCCAAAGCGGAUUAUUCCGUCAAGCUGUGAGCCUGGCCAAAGAAUUGACUCAUCUCCAUUUAUCAACUACAUUCAACAAUGGAUCUCAUUUUCCAAUGAGGGAUCCACCUAUACCUCUAAAGGAGGUUCUGCCUUUAAAGGAGUGGCCGAACCUGUCUCACUUGGGGCUCUCUAAUUUCAGCAUCGAUACGUCGGAGUUGAUUGAUAUACUCAAAUUGGCACCAUCCUCAUUACGAUCUCUUGACUUGGAAUUUAUCGAGUUCCCCUUUGAUGAAUUAUGCUUGACUGGUCUACUAGAGAGGAUGCGAGAGGAUCUGGGUUGGACCGAGAGAGAUCAAUCACUGAAACCGACCGUCACAAUCGCGAUGGAAGGCCAACGCAGAUGGCCGGGGAGGUUCGUGAAGCUUUCUUCACACGAGGUGGCAACCUUUCUCUAUGGCUCUGGAGAGAAUCCCCUGAAUGGAGACAGUACAAGCAGCCCUAAAAGCGGAUACGGGAUAAAUUAUGACCUUUUCGAGGCAGAGUAUACUCGGCCUAACGUCAAUUUCAUGGAUCUUAAGAAACUGGGAAUUAUUUGUUAG